UGAGAACUGAUUUUACUAGCCUUGAGUUUCCGUUCGCUAGUAGUAAUCGUGAUUCCCCCAAACCCUUCCGGCGUCGACAUUCACUAGUUUUUCUUUUCCCUCAGAUAUUUUAGUCGUAAUAUAUAAAAAGGCGUGGAGUAUUAGAGUAGCACUGGAUCUGUUUUCGGCACCAAACACUUCGAAUCUAUCACCUCCGCUGGGCGAUUUCCCCUGCUCCUUCAUUCUCGGGGCGCGCGCCACUGGCAGCUGCCCAUCUGAUCAGCUCAAGAGUUAGGGUGGAAUGGCGCCGCCGGCAGCCGCUGCUGUGGUGCAGCAGCAGGGACAGCCUGCGCAAGGACGGCAGCAACAGCAACCAGCGGGGAUGAGCCAGACGAUUACUGGGAUCAUAAGGAUUGCUGUUUUCUGGUACUUCGCUUCCAAAUUCUUCUCUCCCAAGAGACCCACCGCCGACCCUUCCCUUCUCACUACCAAUCUCUUUCAGAAGGCCGAGCUCAUGGAUAUGUGGUUUUAUGUUUCUGAGAGUGAGAAGUUCAACGAAUUCAAUAACGAAGGCGCUCUUAUUUGGCACGAAACAAACAUACCUUAUGCAGUUUGGGGGCCAGAAAGUACUAGAUCUCUUUCUCUGAAGUAUUAUCCCUCCGAGGUACAGGCAUUGAAGCACAAUGGUAGUCUUUACGCACAUGUUUACUUUGCCCGUUCUGGGUAUCCAGCAGACCCACAGGAUCCGGAAUACCAACCUCUUGCUGCCUUUGGAAGGACUCAUCCCAUUGUGGUUUACCUGCCAAAGUCAAAAUCUGAUAAGAGGAAGAGUCUGUUGGGGGAUGCAGAAGGUGGUGAAGAAAGUGAACCACUGACUCAGGUGGUUGAUGAUUCAGAACCUGAUCCGAAAGAGGAAGGUCCUCCAGAAUGGAUUUCCUACUGGAAACCAAAUAUUACCGUGAACCUGGUUGAAGACUUCUCUAGAUAUUCACAAAAUGCAGUACCACCAAAUAUUGCUCCUUACAUGAACUUUGAGCCCAGUACUGGGAAUUACUAUCCUACAGUAUUCUUCAAUGAGUUUUGGUUGCUCAGGGAUAAGUUGACCGCACUGAAUGAAACAGUGACAGAAGUGCCCCUUAAUUUGGAAAUUGGCCCAAUAAGCAUGACAAAGUGGCAACUAUUUCUUCAGAUUGAUCAGUCGUUCCAGAUACACCGAAGUUAUGGAAGCAUGCUUGAUGGUGAAGCUGAUGAGUUGAAGGUACUGUAUCUCUGUAUUUAUGACAUCAAGAGUCUUUAUGAGCACUGCUUCUACAUGUGGUGUCGUAGACCAAAUAGUUAGAUGCAAAGUGUAUGCUAUCUAGGUCGUGUCAAGUACCUGAUCCUGGAUGGAAAGAUGAUUGUGAUUCGGUUCUUGUGGCAAUGGUUACUUGCAUGGAGAUUGUCAUUCAGUUCUUGGCAUGUAGAUUUGGGUUACAUGUGAUGUGACAGGAUGGGAAAGUGAUUGUGAUUCAGUUACUAGAGGGAAGGACUGGUAUGAAAUAGUUCACCUCUAAGGCAACACUGUUAUACAACAUUAUGUACUUAUAGUUCAUGCUUCAAGAAAAAGUAUAUUCCGAUUCCGUGAUGGAAAUUAUGAUUAAUGGCGUGUUCCGUUGUUUUCUAACUUUCAGAGGGUGUUCUUGGAAGGAAAUCCUUAUCUCCUUGGGAUCACAAUGGUUGUUUCCUUGCUCCAUUCAGUCUUCGACUUCCUGGCUUUCAAGAAUGAUAUACAAUUUUGGAAUAAAAACAAGUCUAUGGAAGGAUUGUCGGCAAAGUCUGUUGUCGUGAACUUUAUAUCUCAGCUCAUCGUCUUUCUCUAUCUACUCGACAAUGACACCUCAUGGAUGAUCCUUGCGAGCUCAGGUGUUGGUGUCUGCAUCGAGUUUUGGAAAAUUGGGAAAGCAAUGCACAUUGAGAUCGAUAGAAGUGGCAAGAUCCCAAUGCUGAGAUUCCGGGACCGUGAGUCCUAUGCUGGAAAUAAGACGAAGGAAUAUGACGACAUUGCAAUGAAGUACUUGUCCUAUGUGAUAUUUCUCCUUGCUGCAUGCUUUGCUAUUUAUUCUCUCAAAUAUGACCGUCACAAGAGCUGGUACUCCUGGAUUCUCUCGUCGUUAACAAGCUGCGUUUACAUGUUUGGUUUCAUAAUGAUGUGCCCGCAGUUAUUCAUAAAUUAUAAGUUGAAGUCGGUGGCUCAUAUGCCUUGGAGACAAAUGACAUACAAGUUCCUCAACACCAUUAUUGAUGAUCUAUUUGCAUUUGUCAUAAAAAUGCCUAUACUACACCGGCUCUCAGUCUUCCGUGAUGAUAUCAUAUUUCUGAUAUAUCUGUACCAGAGAUGGGUGUAUCCAGUGGACAAGAAGCGUGUAAAUGAGUUCGGCUUUGGAGGCGAGGAUGAUCCGGCCUCCAUCACCGCGGCGGCGGACGCUGGUGCUACAGUAUCAAAAGAGGAAGAUAAGAAGACAAACUGAUCAAAGCUAGCUUGAGAUAAUUAUUGUUUUAAUCUUGUCCCUGUCAAUAUUUUUGGAAACUAAUCUGCAGCAGGAAGAUUCGUUUACUUUGUUAGGAAAGAAAUGUUGCUAGUUCCAUCCAGUCAGGCUUUGGUUUCUUCUUCUUGGGGCUCUUUUUUUUUUUUUUUUAUCAGUUUUGGUUUGAUGAAUUCCUACUCUUGUGGCCACAAAAAGUUGUAUUUCAUGGAACGCAGAAUGGUCCAGUACGACAGUUAAAGGACAUGAUAUUUGAGUAUUUUACAGUCUCUCACCCAAGGCGGAAUAUGAUAUAUUUUUUAGCUCA